AUGACGACCUACAUCCCUUCAUUAACGCUUCCAGCCUUCGCCUUCGAGCAACCCGCCGUUGCAGUGCUAUUCCCCGUAUUUAUCCCAGUAUGGACUGUGUUGUAUGCAAUAAUAGGAUACGCUGCCUAUCGUGCGUGGAGUACGGGGACGCAGUCACUUGACUUGGAGAAGCACAAUUUGGCGAAGCAUGGAGCAACCCUUUAUACUAUUCAGCUCGGACUCAAUCUCAUCUGGAUGCCGCUGUUCUUCCGAUUCGGACGACCGAUUGAAGCCACCGCCGACAUCAUCGCCCUCACUGGCACUACGGGUUAUCUUGCGUACAUCUGGAGCCAGGUUGAUACUGCUUCCGGAUGGCUCCUUGCAGCAUAUAUAGGCUGGCUCAGCUUUGCAAUGUACCUUUGCACGGGAUGCGGGUAUCUGAACAACUGGGACUUCAAAGACACUCAGAAGCUCGAGUAG